AUGAAUUUGAAAAAUCGUCAUUUUACUAAUUUAUCAAUUGAAAAAUAUACAAUAUUAAAAAAUAAAAAAAGAAAUGAUGAAAAAUACAUAAAAAUAUAUGAAAAAAUAAAUAGUGUAGGUAAAAGAAAUAAUUUUAAUAGUAAAAUAUUUAGGUACACAAAUAAUAAAAGAAGCACAAAUAAGUCUAUAAACAUGCAUAACAUUGAUAAUACUAUAAAGGAUACGAUCCAAGAUAUUAUCAAAGUUAAUACAUAUUAUAAUGUUCUUGAAAAAAAUAAAUAUUACACUAGUGUAGACGAAAAUAAGCAAUUCUUAUCACAAAGUGAAGAAAAUUUUUGUAUGCAAAAUAAUAUGAAUGUUUUUUGUAACGAACAGGAUAUACUGAAAACGAAUAAUGUAAUGGAAAAUGAAAGUAUGGUAAAUAAUAAUUCUAAAAAUAAUAAUAAUGAUGUUAAGAUAAAUAACAAUUAUAAUCAUAUUAAUAUCAUUAAUGCAAACAACAAAAAUAUAAAUACAAAUAUAUCAAUGAUAAAUAUACCCAUAGCAUGCUCUGCUUUAAAAAAAUAUAUAUAUUACGAUAUGUCUAAUUCCAAAAAAGAAAAUAGUUAUAUAAUAAAAAAUGAAAAAGAUACAGGUAAUAAUUUUGAUCACACCGAAAAUCAAAGGUGCAAUGAUAUGGGUGUAGAAAAUAAAUAUGCUACUUCAUAUGACGAAAAUUAUGAAAACUGUAUUGAAAACAGUAGUAGCAAUUGCCAUGGUAGUAGUAGUGGUAGUGAUAAAUGGAAUUGCAACUCACAUGCAAAUGAAACAUAUAAUAAAAAUAGCCCCUACAUAAACGAAAUCACUUCUUCUAAAUUAAAGUUCCAGCAAAAUAUAUUCCAGAAUAAUUGUAAGGAAGAAAUUUCAAAUAAAAAAGGUUACACUUCUCUGGAAUUAUGUACAAAUUUGGAGGAAACAUGCGAAGACAAUUAUUCCGAAGAUCGAGAAAACGGUAUUGAAAAUAGUAUUAUUAUAAAAGAGACGUUAAAUAAUAAGGAUAAUCCCGAAAGUGAAGUAUCAAAAAAAAGUACAAUGAAAAAAAUGAAAGAAAUUUGUAAAAAUAUAUAUGUACCUCAUCGAAAAGGGAGUGAUAAUAAUGUAAAAAUAAAAAAAAAUAAAAAAAAAGACACCAAUUUUAAAGAAAAAAUAGAUGAUCUUAUACCAUGUAAAGGAGAAAAUUUAUCAAAUGAAAUUAUUGAAGAACGUCAAAAAAGUGAAAAAAAGACAAUUUCAGAUAAUUGUUCUCCGCCAUGCCAAAUGAAAAACAAAAAAAAUAAUGAUAAUAAUAAUAUCUUUUACAAACAAAUAUUUGAUGCUUCAAUAGGUAAAAGUACAACUAAUACCUAUUGUGAGCUUAGUGAUCGAAUGCUGACUGCCACAACUAGUGCUGAAAAAUCUUCAGAAAAUUUAAGUAACACGCAUAAUGAGCAAGAUGAAAAAGUUGUAUAUUCUAACUCUCCCUUCAAUAAUCCUUUGUAUAACACAUAUUUGCAGCUCGAUCCUUCGCCUCCUCUUUCAGAUAUUUUAUGUAAUGAUAUAUGCCAUAAAAAUGAUGAUCGGAUAGAUAACACAAAUGCUGAUAUGAAAAUAUAUAUGUAUCAAAAUAAUAUGUCCAUAAAUACUAAUAACACAACAAUAAACCCAUUUAACAGUAAUAAUCCAGGAAAUAUUGCCAAUAUUGUCAGGAAAGACAAACUUGAGGAAAGCCAAAAUGAAAAUGGUAAAAAAAACGUUGAUCAUAAUGAUGUUUCGAAAAAUGAAACUAAUUUACAUUUUUCUUGUGAUAAAAAUUUUAACGAUAAUGAUGUGCAAAGAAAUAAAGAUGAGGAUAUAAUGAUUAAUGAAAUGAACUUUUAUGAUAAGAAAAAAACUGAAAAUGGAGAAAUUAUUAUAAAAAAAGAAAACAUUAAACGAAAUUUAAAUUGUGACUUGGAUCAAAGUUUAAAAAAGAAACUUAAAAUAAAUGAACACUCUGUUAUUAAUUUAAAUACAUACAAAAAUCAUCAAUAUGAUAUAUAUAAAAAUAAUAGUUAUAAUGCGUAUAUUUUAAAGAACCUUCGAAAUGCAUAUUUGAGAAAUAAGUUAAAAGAACAGCAAGGACUCGGAAAAGUUAAAAAACAAGGACAAGGGAAUAAAUUAGACAAAAAAGUAGAGCAAAACUUAUCAUAUGACAACUGCAAUAACAAAAUAGUUGAUAAUAAUGAUGAAGAUUUUUAUUACAAAAAUAAAAAAUUCAAGAUAAAUCAAGAUAUGUAUAAGGAAAAUCAUGCCAUUAAUAAAAAAAAUGAUAAAAAUUGUGAGCAAAUUAAAGGAAUGGAUAUUUUGGAAAAUUUAAACGUAAAAGAUGAAAUAAUAAGCGACACGCAUAAUAGUAAUAACAUAAACACAGAUUGUGUUCCUUCCAUUUGCAGUGAAAAUAAAAAUACAGACAGAAAAAAUCACUCACUUAAGGGCUUGAAUUUUAAAAAAUGCUCUAAUACUAAUAAAGGGUUUUAUGAUCCUAAAUUUGUAAAUGAAAAUUUAUUGAAGGAAAGAAAAGAAAAAUACAAUAAUACUAAUUUAAAUUUAUGUGAUAUAAUAAAUCUUUUAGAAAAAGAAAAAAUAGAAAAUUUAUAUUCAGAAAACGAAUUAAAAUAUAUAUUAUUCCCUAUAUAUGACAUUUAUUAUGAUAAUAAAAAUAAAAACUGGAUAUAUAAAAUUGAAAAUGAAAAAAAUACCUUAAAUGAUAAAGAAAAUAAAAAAAAUGGAUCUACUAAAAAUAGUUCUUAUCAUAAGUCACGGCAAUUAGCCCUAGAACGCAAAUAUAACUACAUUAAGGAAAGGUAUAAUAUUUUUGCAAAUCUGUCUGAAGAAGAAAAUAUAUUUUUUAUUUCAAUUAAUAUGCAUACUGAAAAUAAUCAAAUAAAAAAAAAUAAGACACAAAAUCAAAAUGAAGAAAGUAAUUAUCCUUGCUUCAAAGAAAUGGAAAUCGAAAUGAGGAAAAUUGACAAGGAUGACAUUUUUAAGGAGGAAAAAAAUAUAAACACAGAAGAACAACAGCCAUGUGAUCAGGAAAAGCAACCUAAUGAAAUAGAAAAAAAAAAUCAAGAAUAUACGAAUAGUUCAAAUGAGUAUAUCUCCAAUAUAAAUGAAGUUUUAAAUAACAAAGAUUACAAUAUAAAUAAAGAGAAUCUAACUGAGACAAUAAAAAUAUUAAAUAAUGAAGUACCAGAUAAAAAUUCAAUACCUUUGCUAUUGCCCAUACCUGUUAAUGAAAACAAAUCGAAUAUUAGUUAUAAUGGUAUUGAAACAAAUGAUACAAUUGGAAAGACUACAGAAAAUCAUAUUUCUAGUGAAGACAAUAUAGAAAAUGAAAUUAUUCCUAAAAGUAGAGAGUGUUUUGUUUCUAAAAAAGAAAAUAGUGAAAACUCCAAUGUAAACGAUAAGGAAAAUCUGAAGCUUUCAGAAAAAGGCGAUGAUAAAAUGUUUGACUGUAAAACUGAAUCGAUAUUAUACAAUGUAUUAGGAAUUAGGCUCUCAAAUAAUGUGAUUGAAAAAAUGCAAAAUUUACAAAAACAAAAUAUAUUUUAUGAAAGAGAUAAGAAAAGAUGGGUUAUUAAAAUUCUCGAAAAAGAAACGAAUACAUUAUUAUAUUUUAAAAAGUUUGAUUGCAAAGUUUUUGGAUUUUUAUAUGCAUGCAUAUUAACAAUAGAAUAUAAAAAUUUAUAUCUAGAUUAUUUCUUAAACGAAAAAAAUUAUGAUUUUUUAAUGAAACUAAUUCAUAAUAAUUAUAUAAAAAAAAAUGCAUAUUACAACACAGUUAUCCAGCCAUCAACGCUAUAUAAUGAUCUUCAACUUAAGAAAAACAAUACAGCCUUUUUAGAUUCCAUUCAAGAAAAUCAACUAAAUUUAAAAGAUAUUAAAACAAAAAGUAAUCAAAAUAAUUCUACAUAUGAAGAAACAAGUCUUCUAAAUGCUAAUUAUUUUUCACCAUAUAAUUUGGAAGAAAAUACGACACACUCAAAUUUACACAUUGAAAAAAAAAAAAAAAAAUGUGAUACUUUAAUAUUAAAUAAUGAUGCACAUGAUUUAUAUAAUCAAAUGAAAAAUAUCGAGAAUGAAAAUAAAAAUUUGUUAAACGAUGUUGAUUGUUCAAAUUACAAAAAAAGUGCUAACAUGGAAACCUCCAAUGGAUGCAAUUUAGAAAGAAAAUGUUUCAGUUCGAAUCGUCAAGAAUCCGAAAAUAAAGAGGCAUGUAAUACUGAAAUACAAAAUUAUGAAAAUUCCAAUAUCAAAUCAUGUAAUAGCGAUGUAUAUACUGAGCAUGAUUGCAAUAAUGAUCAUGUGAAGGAUGGGGGGAAUUUUAUUGAACAUAUGCCGGCUUCGGAAAAUGGAACAAAAAUUAAUAGUGUCCAAAGCAGAGAAAUAACAAAAGACAAAAAACAAAAAACUGUAAAGAAUGUUAAGGGCGUAAAUGAAAAUUUUACAGUAGACUUAAAUGGAGUACAAAUGUAUAGUGGAAACGAAAAAAAAAAAAAAAAAAAAAAUUAUAGUUUAAGCAUAAAUAAAAACAAUGGAAAUAUAAAGGAUAAUGAAAAUACGAACGAAGUACAAUUAAAAUAUGGAAAUGAAGUUCAUGCACCAAAUAAUGAUAUUGAAAAAAGUUUAAUUGAAAAUAAUAAUAUAAGCCAAACACCAAAACCCAAUGAUACUGCCAAUAAUGCUAUUAUAAUACCUAUAAAUGAAACUGAUCAGACCUAUAAUGAAAAAAUUAACAACCAUAAAAAAACAAAUGGAAAUAUAAAAAAAAUGAAAAAAGUAAAAAACUCUUCGUUAUUUAAGAAAACCAAAAACAUAAAGGAUACAUUACCAAAUCCUAAAGAAAAUAACAAUAAUAAUAAUUACACAUCUGAAUUAGCAUUAGAAGAAACAAAUAAUUUAAUCAAAUUGGAUUCUUAUGUAGAUAAUUUAGAGAGAAAUUCAGAUGUAAUAUCAUUGGCAAAAUUAACCAUCCUUUUACUUCUAAAAGACAUUAUUAAUUGCAUCCCUUCUCAAAUGGCCCCAUCCGCAAUUUCUAGAAAAAUAUAUGAUCAAAAAAUAAAUGCUCAUGUUAAAUUUGUAUAUCAAUGCAAAACUUUAAUAGAACUUAUGCCUUAUUUUUUUAUAUUCAAAAAUAUAAUUAAACAAAAAACCCUUCCUAGUGAUCAAUCUUUAUAUAUUUGUAACGUCUUACUAUAUGCUUUAUUUGAAGCAUAA